UGAACCUUCUAUUCCGAACCCAUUAAACCCUACGCUAACAAAUCUUUAGAGUAAUCAAAUACACAAGUUAAAUGAAUGGAAACACAGUUGAAUUGGUAAUGAUGAAAGCCCGCCAGAAUCGAACGCUUCCCAGAUGAACCAGGAUCGUUCGGAAAGCGAAGCUAGUGCUGGCACUGAAUGCUCAACUGACCAUAUAGCUUUACUCCAUUGGUGAAACAGUGUCAUAUUGGAGUUUUUAUCACCUCAAAUGGUUAUAUUAGAUAGCAUUCAGAGCGGCUUAGCAAAUUGUGCUUCUUAUGGUGCCGAUAAUAUGGAAUUUAUUCCAAAGGUUCGUGCUCCAGAUUAUUUUAUAGAACCUUCAGUGGCAGAAUUAAUUACCAGAGAGUGUCUCGAGCCAGGAUAUUGUCGCAGGGUUUUGGAUUUUACCGUAGGAAGAAUAGGCUAUGGAUAUGUCAAGUUUUUUGGGGAAACAGAUGUGAGAUGGUUGGACAUUGAAAAAAAUGUUGAAUUUAAUAGCUGUGAAGUUUGGGUAUACAGAAAUGAAAGUAAUAAGCCUUCUAUGGGUAAGGGUUUGAACAAGGCUGCAGAAGUUACCCUAUUCAUUAAAGGAGCGGUUGGUUACGAAGGCACAGAACUAGAUAAGUACACAGACAGAUUAAAGAGGAAGACAGAGUGGCAAGGUGCUCAGUUCAUUUCAUUUAAUGCUUCCAAUGGUGAAUGGAAAUUUCUUGUGCAACAUUUUAGCAGGUUUGCACUGGAUGCGGAUGAGGAUGAUGAUGGACGAAAUUCAGAUGUUGCUAUGCAGGAAAGUCCCCGACAUUUGGAAGUGCUGGAAAAGGCAGAAGAAGACGCCAUUGGAGCAGUUUUUGCAGAAGAGACUGCUAACUUUCGGUACCCAAAUGCAGAGAUGAAUGAAAUUCCCGAAGAACAAAAUCCCCAGGAUCAGAUGGUACUGAAUGAAUUUCAAGCCACUUCUCGGCAACGUGUAUUGUCACAUUCUCUUCCUGAGCAUCUUGGACUUGAUCCUGAAAAAAUGCAGCAAAUGAAGAUUUUAUUUUUAUCAGCAGAUGAAGAAGCUGAAGACAUUUCAAUGCCAGGAAAUCGAGCUGAGUCAUCUUGGGGCUAUAGACAUUCACUUACAACUCCAGGAUCUAGAAAGGCUUCGGCGAGAAGCUCGGCUAAGGGAGUUGUUUACUUAACCGAAUCACAGCAGUCUCCUCAUAUAGUUUCUGCCAAGAAGAAGGCAAGCCCUAAUACUACAUGGCAAAAUUCACCAUAUUCAGGUCGUGCUGCAAUUGGUAAUCAACGUAUGCUGGAGUAUAAUAAAGAUACUUCUCCUUCCAUCCUUAUGACAAAACAAAACAAGGGAGAAUAUGCUGCAACAAAGAGGGCAAAAAUAGUGGGUUUUUGUCUAGAUGCAAAAGGUGAAAGUCCUAUAUCUACGCAUUCUCGUAACGUUGUUGAUGCUGCAUUGUUUAUGGGAAGGUCUUUUCGAGUUGGAUGGGGACCAAAUGGGUUACUUGUGCACAGUGGUACACCUGUUGGACAGAUGGGUCAUGUUGAAGGUUUAUCAUCUUUUAUUAAAAUAGAACAAGUCGCCAUCGAUAAAAUAGUGAGAGAUGACCAGGCAAAGGUAAAUGAUGAUCUUGUUGAUUUUCAAUUUAUAUCCCCUCUUAAGCUUCAUAUGCGAAUGAGCAAAGUACUUAAUGGCUUAGAAAAUAGUCAUCAUAAUUUGAAACUCAGGGGUCUUGUUUGCAGCCGUUCUGAACUUCCAGAUGUCUGUGAGGGAUAUCAAGAGCUUAUUGGGAAGCAACUCAAUGUUCCAGGGUUAUCUAGAUCUAAACGAAUACUACUAAUGCAUCAAAGCAUGGUUUGGUAUCUUUUGAGUGUUCUAUUUUCAGAAAGAGAGACGAAUUCUAUAUCUGAAGACAAUAAUGGAGAGUUAGAUGGUAUGCAAGAUAUCAAGAAUGGCUCCAUAAAAAUUGACCCUGAGGCAGAACCUUUGAUCCGUAGGGCACAGUUUAGUGGCUGGUUGCAAGAGAGUGUUUGUCACCGUGUUCAGGAAGAAAUUAGCCAUCGAAAGGAGGGGAGUGAAUUGGAACAAAUAUUUUCCUUUUUGAGUGGCAGGCAACUCGGUGAAGCUGUCCAACUGGCUGCUUAUAGAGGGGAUGUGAGAUUGGCUUGCCUAAUUAGUCAAGCUGGUGGAUCCAUGAUUAAUAGGAAGGAUAUGGCCUCUCAGAUUGAAACGUGGGACACUGAAGGUCUGGAUUAUUCUUUCAUGGAGAAGGAUAGGUUGAAGCUUUAUAAGUUGCUUGCAGGUGACAUUCAAGGUGCUCUUGAAGGCAACACAGUGGACUGGAAAAGAUAUCUAGGCCUGAUAAUGUGGUAUGACUUACCUCCAGAUACUUCUCUUUCAAACAUUAUCGAAUUUUACCGAGAGCUUGUGGAUCAAGGAAUAGGUCCAUCUCCAGUUCCCAUCUACAUUGAUGAAGGACCUCUGGAAGAGGCAUUGAAUCUGGAUGUCGAGGGCUACUAUGAUUUGACCUAUUAUCUGAUGCUAUUGCAUGCUAGUGAUGGAUGCAAGUAUGUAAAUUUGAAGAAAAUGUUUACUUCAUUUACAUCCACAUAUGAUGCCCUUGACUACCAUAUGACUUGGCAUCAACAUGCUAUCCUGCAAGCAAUUGGUGUACUAGAGUAUACAGAUCUACAUUUAUUGACCAUGAGCUUUGUUUCACAGCUCCUUUGUGUGGGAGAGUGUCAUUGGGCAAUUUAUGCCGUUCUUCACAUGCCACCCAAUCCAGAUUAUCCAAUGCUUCAUGAGAAAGUUAUCAAAGAAAUUUUAUGUCAAUAUUGUGAGAUAUGGAACUCGGAGGAAAUUCAAAAGAAAUUCAUUGAGGAGGAACUGGGCAUACCAUCUGAAUGGAUGCACGAGGCUUUGGCUAUGCACUGCCAAUACUAUGGGGACUCAAUGAAAGCACUUGAACAUCUUCUUAAGAGCUUACAGUGGCAAAGGGCUCACUUAAUUUUCAUGACAUUAGUUGCACCGGCACUGUUUUGUUCAUCUCAACAUUCAGAGAUCUGGAAGUUUGCAAGUUUUAUGGAAGGGAACAAGUUAGAGAUUGCUGAUUGGGAUUUAGGUGCGGGCAUUUACAUGGACUUUUAUACCUUAAGACAAUCGUUCCAAGAUAACCAGUUAACAGAGGAACUGGACUCUCUAGAAAAGAAAAAUGUUUCAUGCCGGGACUUAUAUGUUCGUCUGAAAGAGUCAUUGUGCUUGUGGAGAAACAAAUUUCCGUUAAAUGCAAGGGUUGCAUUCUCAAAAAUGGCAGAUGAGGUAACCUCGCUACUUAUGUCAGAGAACAGAGGAGACAUGCAGACUCAAUCCUUGCAAAUAAGUUGUUUUGACACAAUAAUUGAUGCCCCAGUACCAGAGGACCUUCGCCUCUGCCGUCUCCAAGAUGCUGUUUCAGUUUUCACUUCAUGGCUUUCAGAAGUGACAUCGUAAAAUCUUCAAUGGUUAAUAACUGUAAUGCCUAUAGAAGUGUGGAACAAAGCUUUUUAAACUCCUGAUUGAUUCCACCUCUAUAUCCCUUCAUUUUAUGAGAUAUUUGUGGAACUCAUUUGUACAGUAUGGUUAUGAAGGGGCAAAACUUGAUAAUACAUAUUCUACUCAAGUUUGCACUCCUCUAGAUAGGUUUGGAAGUUCAACCUUUCAUGAUUAUUUUUCCUAUUUGCUUCUGUUCUGAUCGAAAAAUAAUAUUCAUUUCUUUAACAAGGUUCAUUCUGGCAAGGUGCUGUGGGAAAAAACUUGUCUUAACCUAACCGGUUAGAAUACUGAUUUUUGACAUGAUAACUUUUAUGUGAGCAACGCAUUGAGAAUAUGUUUUAAUCCUAUAGUGAAGAUUCAAAUUCUCCUUUCUCAGAU